AGGGCUGGCGGCAGGGCCGCUGGCCGGGCGCUGACGGCGCGCUACGGCCUCCCGCGGGCUCACCGCCCGCCACCAUGUGGACCGCGACCAGUUAUGUCAUUCGAGCUGCUCGACACGAACGCAAACGGGACGGACACUGCUCUGGACGCGCCUGGAUGGGGCUCAGCUUCAGUGUCCUGUGUAAUGGUGACCGGCUCGGCCGUGCUGCUGACAGUGGUGUGUGCGUGCCUCUUGGGAGCGCGUAUGGCCAAAAUGGUGGCUGCCUGCUGGUUUGAGCUGCUAGCCUCAGCUGCCGGGCACAUUCCCUACGGUCUCAGCCAGCAGCAGCGGGCGUGCGGGCCGGCCGGGCGGGCGGCGAUGUCAGCUCGGCAGGCCGGAGAGAGUGCGCUCGACCGCAGGACGGCCGCGGCACUGGCCGAGCAUCAGGCGCUGGUGCAGUCGGUGCAGCGCGACACGGAGCUGGGCCUGCCGCCGGCGCUGCCGCUGCCCGACGGCGAGGAGUUUCCCCAGUCCGCCAACCACAUACAUAUCCGAACUGCCGAACAGGAGAAGGAGAUAUACCAGGCGUGCAUCCGUCCGCCGCCCAACCGGACGGUGGGCAGCCCCCAGCUGUCGCCGCCGGUGGCGCCACCUGCGCCGCGGCCCGACCCGCGCGCCGCCUCCGGCCGCCUGGCGGCGAACUGCGCUCACACCCGCCCCCUGCGGCUGGAGGCGACCAAGAGUGCGACUGUGAUCCCGGGUGGGUGUGCGCUGACUGUGGUGGUGCCGCCGCGGCAGCGGGCGCCGGCCGCGGCGCAGCUGCUGCCCUACUGCUGCGGCGGCCGGCGGCUGGCCGGCAUCAGGCUGGUCGGAUGCCGCGCCGCGCCGCCGCCGCCCGGCCACGCCGCGGACGCUGACGCCUAG